CCAACGAGCACCAGCUGUGGUCUCUUGUCACCUGCUAUAAAAGCUCCUCGAGUCAGUCCUCUUAACAACUGUCACUGAAGUGAUGGCUGUUGUUUGGCUCGUGGUUGUUUUGGUGCAUGCCGUCUUGAUGGAUAAAGGCCUUUGUUUUACAGCUGGGGUUAAACAAGGUCCAUCCAAUGCUCUGGUUCAAAAAGGUGUUCCAGAUGUGCCUCACUGAUGUUUCACUUGAGUUUUUGGAACUUCUCCAGUCUUUGUUUUGGACUCUAUUUUCACAACCUGGAAUUGAGCCAAGGACAAAUGGAACUUGAUGACGAUGUGAGCGACAAUGUGAAGAACGACUCCUUCGGCCACAACAUGAGCGGCAAGGGCCAAAAGAGCGACGCCUUCAGCCGCGACCAGCCGAGCCACAACAUGAGCGGCAAGGGCCAAAAGAAUGACGCCUUCAGCCACGACCAGCCGAGCCACAACAUGAGCGGCAAGGGCCAACAGAACGACUACUUCAGCCACGACCAGCCGAGCCAGAACAUGAGCGGCAAGGGCCAACAGAACGACGCCUUCAACCACGACCAGCCGAGCCACAACGUGAGCGGCAAGGGUCAAAAGAAUGACGCCUUCAGCCACGACCAGCCGAGCCACAACGUGAGCGGCAAGGGCCAAAAGAACGACGCCUUCAGCCACGACCAGCCGAGCCACAACAUGAGCGGCAAGGGCCAAAAGAAUGACGCCUUCAGCCACGACCAGCCGAGCCACAACAUGAGCGGCAAGGGCCAACAGAACGACGCCUUCAGCCACGACCAGCCGAGCCACAACAUGAGCGGCAAGGGCCAAAAGAACGACUCCUUCAGCCACGACAUGAGCGGCAAGGGCCAAAAGAACGACUCCUUCAGCCACGACCAACCGAGCCACAACAUGAGCGGCAAGGGCCAAAAGAAUGACGCCUUCAGCCACGACCAGCCGAGCCACAACAUGAGCGGCAAGGGCCAACAGAAUGACUACUUCAGCCACGACCAGCCGAGCCACAACAUGAGCGGCAAGGGCCAAAAGAACGACGCCUUCAGCCACGACCAGCCGAGCCACAACGUGAGUGGCAAGGGCCAAAAGAACGACGCCUUCAGCCACGACCAGCCGAGCCACAACGUGAGCGGCAAGGGCCAAAAGAACGACGCCUUCAGCCACGACCAGCCGAGCCACAACGUGAGCGGCAAGGGCCAAAAGAACGACGACUUCAGCCACGACCAGCCGAGCCACAACGUGAGCGGCAAGGGCCAAAAGAACGACGCCUUCAGCCACGACCAGCCGAGCCACAACGUGAGCGGCAAGGGCCAAAAGAACGACGCCUUCAGCCACGACCAGCCGAGCCACAACGUGAGCGGCAAGGGCCAAAAGAACGACGCCUUCAGCCACGACCAGCCGAGCCACAACGUGAGCGGCAAGGGCCAAAAGAACGACGCCUUCAGCCACGACCAGCCGAGCCACAACGUGAGCGGCAAGGGCCAAAAGAACGACGCCUUCAGCCACGACCAGCCGAGCCACAACGUGAGCGGCAAGGGCCAAAAGAACGACGCCUUCAGCCACGACCAGCCGAGCCACAACUUGAGCGGCAAGGGCCAAAAGAACGACGCCUUCAGCCACGACCAGCCGAGCCACAACAUGAGCGGCAAGGGCCAACAGAACGACGCCUUCAGCCACGACCAGCCGAGCCACAACAUGAGCGGCAAGGGCCAAAAGAACGACGCCUUCAGCCACGACCAGCCGAGCCACAACGUGAGCGGCAAGGGCCAAAAGAACGACGCCUUCAGCCACGACCAGCCGAGCCACAACGUGAGCGGCAAGGGCCAAAAGAACGACGCCUUCAGCCACGACCAGCCGAGCCACAACGUGAGCGGCAAGGACCAACAGAACGACGCCUUCAGCCACGACCAGCCGAGCCACAACAUGAGCGGCAAGGGCCAAAAGAACGACGCCUUCAGCCACGACCAGCCGAGCCACAACAUGAGCGGCAAGGGCCAACAGAACGAUGCCUUCAGCCACGACCAGAGUGAGCAUCUUCAAAUGUCUGAUGACAUGAGCAACAGCUACCAGAAUGACAGAAUGGAUGAUGGUGUGUUCACUGUGAAUGUUUGAAGUGUACAGUUGUCCUGAUGGUUGUAGCAUGAUUGAAGGCAUUGUUCUGUUUCAUGUAACAUCUGUCUGACAAUUAAAACAUUUUACCUUAAUACUA